AUGAUUGCACGGAUACUCUACUUUUUCCUUUGGACUGCGGCUUUUCUACCCGAGCUGCAGUGCGCUUCACAGAGAACCGCAGACGGUUUUACUACUUUCCCGACGUCCGUGUUCAUCAACAGCACCGACAAAAAGGACUCACACCAAACCUUCACAUCCCGGCUGAAAAGGAAGACGCUCUCGGUGGAUUUCGCCGUCCCGUCGCUCUUACGGUAUUACAUGUCUCUGUUUAUAAAACGCCCGCUUAACGGAGACUGUCUCACGUUCGACGGAUGUUACACGGUACGCGCAAACUUACUGAUGCGCUGCGUACCUUUGCAGAAAACCAUCGCCAGUUUGCUCGAUGUAAAGUUGGCCGCGAUGAAUGUCAACAGAUCCAGCACUGGACAGCUCCCGUACAGACAGAGGCGGCCCGUGCCGAAAGUUUUGAAUUUAGGUUUAACCAAAGCCAGUCGAAAGUCCAAUCAAGUUGUGGUGGAGAUCGGAGAGGAGAUGGUAAAAACGGGUUGUGGAGGACUGGAUGUGUACGAGGACGCGCCGGUUGUAUUCUUGGAAAUUGACCUUACGCGGGUUUUGGAGUGGUGGCUGGGGGCAGAAGGAGGCCGGCUUAGGGUGCGACUCAUGCCAGAGCGGAAAGCGCAGGUCCCGGGGAAAGAGGACAAGUACUCCGCUGCGAUCAGAGCUUCGGACGCUCGACUUUUUCUACACAUAGCCUCAAGUGAUUGGCCCUCAUCCACACACUCAAGAAAUCCCAUCGCCACCCCCAAAUACUGGAACUUUUCUUGGAUAUCGGAAGACGAGCUGACUUUCCCUGAGGACCCUUUAUCAACUUCAGAUUGCUACAAAAAGGGAAAGUCAUGUGACCAUGUGGUUUCAGGAUAUUAUCCUGAGUUUGCUUGGACUUUGACAUCAGCAGAUGACUCCUGGGCGAAGGACGAGGCAAUGAAGAAGACAAAAGCAAGUUCCCAGGGGUGGGAGGAAGGGUGGUUUCUCUCAGUCAAUGGCUCAGUUCUGACAGGCCCGUGGGUUUUAAGCCCUUGGCUACGAGCCAACCAUCGGCCCUGUGGAAUAGAUGUGACUGUGUUUUUGCACCCCAGGCAGAGCGGACAUUACACUGUCUGGAUCAUUGAGAGAGACAAGCCCCCACUUGCUCUCCUCACCACUGAGCACCCCCUUGUCAUCGGCUGGGCAGUGGUUCAUCUCAACUUAGGGGCUCGGAACAAACCCUUCAGGAUUUCUUCCAGCUACAACCAGCCUGGUGAAAUGGAAACAGCGAACUAUGAUCCCUGCUUCACAACAAACUGCUCUAUAGAAACCUCUCGAAAUGCCACUCUCCGGGGCCGCUAUCACUGCAGAGAGGGCCACGAGAUCAAUGUGAGCCAGCUGUGUGACUUCAACCCUGACUGUCCACAAGGGGACGAUGAGGGAGAACAUUGCUGUCAAUUCCUCAAUGGAAGCUAUUGCUCGUUUGGAAGGGAGAACUGCAGCUGGCAGGUGGUUCCAGGCAGUGGUCCCCAAUGGAAGGUUCAUCCAUCAGUUCCCAAAGUCCUCAGGGACAGCUGUCCAUCAUCAGGGGCAUUGUUAGCCAUUGAAAGUCAGCCCAAAGGUCAGCGUGGAUCAGCCCAAGUGCGGAGCCCGCUUUUCUUCUAUCCACUGCGCAACGCCCCUUGCAUGGUCAAGUUUUGGGUGUGUGGUUCUUCAAAUGGAGUACUCUCGCUCUGGAUUAUCGAGAACAGCACAGGUCCUGAGGGCCAACGGAGUCUUUGGAACUCAACAAGCAAAGCUAAUAUGGGAAAAGGGUGGAAACUCAUCGCUCUGCCUCUCUUUGGAUUGGUGGAUCUGUUUUACCUGCAGUUCAGUGCAGAUACAUCAUCUAGUGCAGGAAUCGCUUUUGCAGUGGACAACUUCACUCUAAGUAUGGAGUGUUUCCUCGAAACCAAUGGAGACUAUCCUCCAGCGGCUCCCACAAGCCCCACGCAAGUGCUGUUCAGACCAAGCACUGAGAACAUCAAGACCACUACGCCACUGUAUGGAGGGCCUGGAGCGUUUUCACUUCAACCCACGUCAACAGAAUCUGCCAAGUGGACAUUCUACACUUGUGGAGCCACAGGACAAGACGGUCCCACUCCAUCUCAGUGCAGUAACUUCUACCGAAACACCAAUGUCAAUGUCACUGUGGGGACUAAAGGACCAUUCAAGGGCAUCCAGAUGUGGCGGGUUCCAGAGACAAGGAAAUACAGGAUCACUGCAUAUGGAGCAGCUGGUGGACGGAGUGUCCAGGCUGUUCACAAGUCUCAUGGGGUCUACAUUACUGGAGACUUCAUGUUACAGAAGGAUGAGCUGCUGUAUAUUCUAGUGGGACAGGAGGGAGAGGACUCUUGUCCCAAUACGGUGCCUACUAUGGACAGGAUCUGCAGAGAACAGCAAGAACCCUCCAUUAAUAAAACCCAGCUCAAGGGAGGGGGUGGUGGAGGAGGAGGGGCCACCUAUGUCUUCAAGGUAGAGAAUGGAGUCCACAUUCCAUUACUGAUUGCUGCUGGAGGUGGGGGUCGUGGCUACAGCAGUCAAUUAGAGAACCUGGAGGAAGUGAUGGACAAGGAUCCCAGCAUUCCUGGACGUAAUGGCAAAUCAGGAGCGGCAGGGGGUGGUGGAGGCUGGAAUGACAGUAACCCUUCUCCUCAAGGUGGUAGACCGCUUGUUCUGGGAGGGCAGGGUGGGGAGCCCUGUCAAGCAAUGGGCUGGAAAACUCGUGGGGGUUUCGGUGGUGGUGGAGGAGCCUGUACAGCUGGUGGAGGAGGCGGAGGAUACAGAGGGGGCAGAGCUUCGCAGGAUAAUGAUCCCAGACAGGACGGAGAUGAUGGCACAUCUUUCAUAAGCCCUGACGGUGAGAUGUACCUGGAGCCACUCAAAGGUAUGGAAUCUGACGGUGAAGUUAUCAUCAACCCAGUCCAGAACUGCAGUCACUGUGAGUUGGGAGACUGCCACGAGACCUAUGAGGGUACAGUGUGUUACUGCGAUGAAUAUCUCUCACUGGCCCCAGACGGAGUGUCCUGCAUCAAUUCUACCGAGGUGUCUAUGCUGCCUGCCCAGCCAUCUCUCUCGCAUCUGGCACUGGGUCUGUCUGUGGGGACUUCUGCGCUCAUUGCCGCUCUGCUGUUGGCUGUGUCUGGCGUCAUGAUCAUGUACAGACGUAAACACACGGAGCUGCAGUCCAUCCAGUUAGAGCUUCAGAGUCCUGACUGUAAGCUGAGCAAACUAAGGGCCUCCACCAUCAUGACCGACUACAACCCCAAUUACUGCUUUGGCGGGAAGACUGCUUCUGUCAAUGACCUGAAGGAGGUUCCACGGCGUAAUAUCUCUCUCACUAGAGGUUUAGGUCAUGGGGCUUUUGGGGAGGUAUAUGAAGGGCUGGCUGUUGGGAUACCAGGGGAGCCCAGUCCUAUGCAGGUUGCAGUCAAGACCCUUCCUGAGGUGUGCUCUGAACAGGAUGAGCUGGAUUUUCUCAUGGAAGCUCUUAUAAUCAGCAAGUUUAGUCACCAGAACAUUGUGCGGUGUAUCGGGGUGAGUCUCCAGGCUCUGCCUCGCUUCAUUCUACUGGAACUGAUGGCUGGAGGAGAUCUCAAGAGCUUCAUGAGGGAAACUAGACCUAGACUAGAGCACCCAUCCAGUCUAACUAUGGUGGAUCUUCUCAACAUAGCCCGAGACAUAGCCAAUGGCUGCCAGUACUUAGAGGAGAACCAGUUCAUUCACAGGGAUAUUGCUGCUAGGAAUUGUCUUCUGACCUGCACAGGUCCAGAAAGGGUGGCUAAGAUUGGGGACUUUGGCAUGGCCAGAGACAUCUACAGAGCCAGUUAUUACAGGAAAGGAGGCCGUGCUAUGCUGCCAGUCAAAUGGAUGCCUCCCGAAGCCUUUAUGGAGGGGAUCUUUACCUCUAAAACUGACACAUGGUCAUUUGGAGUUUUGCUUUGGGAGAUCUUCUCGCUGGGCUACAUGCCGUACCCGAGUCGCAGUAACCAAGAGGUGCUCGAGUUUGUUACUAACGGAGGGCGGAUGGACCCACCCAAAAACUGCCCGGGGCCAGUGUACCGGAUAAUGACACAGAGUUGGCAGCAUCAACCAGAAGACAGGCCAAACUUUUCUACAAUCCUAGAAAGGAUUAACUAUUGUCUACAGGAUCCAGAUGUGGUGAACGUGCCUUUGCCUGUUGAGUAUGGCCCCAUCCCUGAAGAAGAAGAACGGGUGCCCAUGCGUCCUGAAGACCCCUCUGCCCCAUCAUUGCUUGUAGCCUCUCAGGUUGCAGAGGACACAUCAUCUGUCUCUACUGCCCACCCCGAGCAGGCCAAGAGAGAUGGGGAGGCCCUACUAAUGAGCAGCCACUCCUCUGAUAACAAAGCCCAACCUGCACCUCCUUCUCAGCCUCACCCCCAUCACCACCCACACCCACACCCACCGGUAGCCACUGCCCCCAUAUCAGCUGCCAAACCCUCUUCUACUCCCCUGACUCCCCAAGAUGGAGGUCAUGUGAACCUGGGCUUCAUGCAAGCCCACCCCUCAGAGAAGGAAAGCCGCAAUGGGAAGCCCACCAACCUGUGGAACCCAACCUACGGCUCGUGGUUUCUACAGCAGCAACAGAAGAGGCAGCAGGCCCAGGCACAGAGGCAGGUGAGUUGCCCACGUAUCCCAGGUGAGGGGCAAGAGCAAACAGGACGAACUGUGACGGUCUCAGAAGCUCUUGGCCUGCAACAACAGCACAAACAGCAACAGUACCAACAACAGCUCCAGCGCCAACAACAACAGCAGCAACAACAAGGUUUGUGUCGUCCGCUUUUGCCUCCACCUCCCCCACCUGGGCCCUCCCCUCUCCUCUUGGAUUCUGCCACCCUAGCUCCAGUUCCGCUCUACAGACUACGUCACUUCCCAUGUGGGAACAUCGGUUAUGGAUACCAGGAGCAAGGCCUGCCCAUGGAGCCAAUGUCUGGCCCCCCACCUCAUCCUGGCCAGCAGAGGCCCAUAUCUCUGGCUCGGGCAAGUGGUCCAGAGGACAGCCGCCCACUUUUGGUCACCAUGGGUACGGUGCAGGACUCCAGACUCCCUAAAAUGGAAGGGCACAAUGCCACUGUGCUGUAACCAUACGCUUUUGUCUUUCUUAGUGCCCACUCUGCGAAACACUGUGCGGUCCAUCUGCGUCCACCUGUACCAAGCCCCUUUGUACUUUUUCUUUGUGCUUUCAAAGCGACAUGUGGAUUGAACUGAUUGGAAUGGUUCGACAUUGGAAACUUUCUCUAAAUGUCACACUCAUUGAUUUUUUGUCAUUUGGAUAAAGGAAGAAUACUGUUUUGUUUCGGAAAGCCACAUUUGAAAACUUGAUAGACAAAAAAAAAAAUUAUAAUAAAGUAAACAGAUAAAGCCCUCACAAGGAAUAAUUAAAUGAAAAAGAUUAGAUUAUAAUAGUGAUAUUUUUUUUCAAAAAUGGGGGAUAAAAAAUAAAAACGGGUUUGUUGAUGUUUGCCUGCCUGCUUGUUUAUUUAUUCAUUUGUUAAUUUAUUAUUUGGAGGUCAUGUAAAUUAUUAAUGGUUGUGCUUCUGAAAGCAAACAGCCCCCAUUCAUUAUGUAUCAUUUUGUUCACUCUUGGACUCGGUUGGCUUUAAACUGCCACCGUUUUCAUCUAACAUCAAAAUUAAUGGAUAAAAGGAAUUUGUAAUGGCUUGCGUGUGAGACAUGAAUAAGUGUUUUUGGCAGCUGGUGGCUUAAUGCGAGGUGAUAAUGGGUUGCCAUGGUGUUGUAAUGGAAACAUUUAGCAUCUGGUGAGGGACCAAUGAGUGAAGACCUUUUUACAUGACUUGCAUUCACUUCAACACUUUAGUUACAGCUUUAAAUGGCACACCCAUUGACCACCCAAAGUUGGUUCAUUGACCAUCUGAUGUAUAUUAGGGAUGUGCCCGGAUAGUCAACAUUCGGUUUACCGUUCGAUGUAUCAAUAUUUGAAUACCCAAAUCACUAUGCGGUUAUUCUACAUGUGCAACAGAGGUCUUCAAACUGACCCGAGCUCGAUGAGUUCCAACAAACCGUCAGGUCUUCUGGACAGAUUUUGUGUCAGUUUUUCAAGUAUAGGGCAAUUUAGGGGCUGUUCAAACAUGCUUUUGCAUGCACCUGCACUGUUUUCUUUUGUUUUGGUACUUACACGUGCUGUAUGGACGUCUUUGACUGUUGCACUGGCUGAAUCUCUCUUUUUUCUUUCAGCACCUCAUGUAGAAUCACCACAUUUUUAGACACCUAGCAAAGUUAAAAAGACUUAAAUUUUUAUAAAUGCAUCUCAAAAAACCUGCAUUGUGUUUCAUCUGUUGUGCUGCAUUCUGAAGAAGAGUACUUUAUGUGACUGUUAAGGCAGUCGCACACCGGAUGAGAAGCGCCAGUACACAAAAGUUACCAAGGUUUUUCCCUUCCCCUUCUUCAAGAAUGAACAACGCUAGAGUAAAUAAUCUGGACAACCUUUGAUAAUUAUUUGGUUCGAAUUUAAUGGAAAAUGCACUCCGUGAUAUGGAAGAACUUUUACCAGCCUCCAGAGUCGGAGCUGGGCAGUGUGUGUACCUUCAUUGAAAACAGUUGUUUCAAAUUUUAGAACACACCAUGUCAUCUGCCAGAUGCAGCCAGUGUGUGCAGGGUUGGGGAGUAACAGAAUACAUGUAACGGGAUUACGUAUUUAAGAUACAAAAUAUAAGUAACUGUAUUCCACUACAGUAACAAUCAUUGGUAAUUAGAAUACUGUUAUAUUCAAAAAGUAUUUUGAUUACUGAAGCGAUUACUUAAUUGUCAUUUCUUUCAUUUAAUAUUUAGUCCUUUCAGAUGGAAAACAUUUAUACAUAUAAAUGAUGCGAUCCAAAAUGCUUUUGAACAGUGGUGAAACACUUUCUUAUGAUUUGCAUUCAGAGAAGUAAGUUUGAAGUAAGUUUGGAGCAGAAGAAAUAGAAAUAAACCUUGAGUAAAUGCUAUUUCUAGCCAUUUUACAUGCACAUGUAAUCAGGCACGAUCAAAUUUUUUUAUUAAGAAAAUUCACGUUGGAUCAUAAUUGUAUUUUGUUCUAGUAAGACCUUUGAUAUUAGGGCAAAAUCGUAUUCUUGAUAAUACAUUUUGUAUUGUUUUCCUGUAAAAAAUCUAUCAAUUUGUUUUAGAAACAACACUGCAUAAGAUAUUUAGAUUUUUCAGAGAAUGUUUUUUUAACAUGUGUAUUUUUUCUUACUGUACUGGCAGAUUUUCAAAACAAGUGAAAAAAUCUACCAGUGCUGAAGAAGUACUCCAAAUUAUUUAGAAUACGUUAUGGACUUUGAGUAAUCAAAUAGAAUAUGUUACAAAUUACAGUUACAGCAUGUAUUCUGUAAUCUGUAGUGGAAUACAUUUCAAAAGUAAUCCUCCCAACCUUGGGUGUGUGACACCCCUAAGUCUCGUCCGGUGUGCAAACACUUUUGCACCAUUAAACAUAAUUUCAGUUUAUUAUUCACCCGAGCAAUGUUUCAGCAUUUGAUAUACGUUAAGACCGUGUUUUUUCCCUUUUGCUGUGGUGUGCAUAUUUCGUACAAUAAUUAGACAAGUUCAAUGUAAUUUAAUUUUAAACCAUUUAAAAAUCAAAGCACCCAGAAUAGGCUAUUUAACCGCAGCUGUGUGACUCCACACACAUGACAAUAUUUGUGUUUGCUGCCUCACGGAUGUGCGAACUUGCCCGUGCAGAACGCAUAUAGAUUUUAUCAUUUCAAGAUGUAUUGUGCUAUUUAGACUCAUAGCUCACUGUGCACUUUAUUUGCUGCUGUUACUACAUUAUUGAGUAGUGUUUAAGGAAAGUCCAUUAUAAUAAACAUUCUUUAUUCCCGCAUCCCAAUGAAAAAACGAUUAACCGUUCAUGAAGCCUUGCGGUUAACCAAAUGUAAAAAAGUGUUUCCAUGAACAUCCCUAAUGUAUAUAGCAAACAAAACUCCAUCAGUCAGAUGAUCUCUUCCUGUCUAAGUUGGCAGUAGUUGGCCAGAAUGAGCUGUAAUGCGACCAGACUUUAUGCGAAAGUCGAAAGUGAGACAUACGACUCUAGAGUACGAGACUAGCACCAUUUUGACCUCCAUAUGAAUCAAUUUUACGAGGUUGCUAGGUAGCAUGAAAGCAGGAUAUGUUCUUAGUAAACAGAAAGAUAAAGUGAAAGCAAAUGUAAGCGGCAACGUAUUUAAGCUUAUAUACAAGCUUAUAUAAGUUUUUUUUUUUUCAUUCCUUAAGAUGCCUGAUAUAUCUUUGACAUGUGCAUUAACUGAAUUUCAUUUAUCUAGCUUUUAUUUAGAACUCGGUUUAUCUAGAUAAGCACAAAUUUAUUUUUCUUCUUAUUAUGAUUUUUGUGCCAGCACCAGCCACCUUAUAAAAUGCCAUGCAAAUUGUCUGAUAAUCAGCGACUCUGCUUCGCUUGACUGUUUUUUCAGCCUGUCACAGCCAUGGAUUUAAUAGGUUACACGUUUCUAUCAUGCUGUGUCAAGGUAAAAGAAGUAAACUUUUAAAAACGGAUCUCAAAAUAGUUUGAUGCUUCAAUUCAAAUAGCUGGCGUGUUUCAUUUGUAAGGGCCUUACUCCAACUGCUGUUUGAAAUCUUGAUAUUGGCUGGUUAAGAUUAAAUUCCUGCAUUUAACUUUGAGAAAUAAGGCACUAUUACCGCUCAUCCCAUUCGUUUCCUUUGUAGCAUUGACAUUUGUCAUUGAACUGAAUAUAUUUUGUGUACAGUCCAUAAGAGCCUUACGCCUGUUUCAGAACGUCAUUUACUGUUCUUCACUCUUUUGGUUUCUGUUUCUUUGAAUAAAGGUCUUCCUUUAAGUCUAUUGGUCAACAGCAUCCAUAUUCAAAUAUAAUUUGACCUGUUAAUGUUUAACAGGUCAGACAUUGUUACAGGAGUAUUGCAUAAUGAUCAGUUCUAUCAAGCUUCUAAUUCAAUAGCAAAUGUUUGACAUUCUUUUUUGUACUAUUUCAUUUUCUAUAAGAAAUAUCUGUAGUGUGACUUUGAGGAACAUCUGGUGGGUUACUUUUCAGUCAUGGGGAAGGUUUGAUAUGUUUGUUUACUUUGGUCUCAUUGUGAGUCAAAAUAAUCCUUAUUCACACUUAUAUUUGUUUUUAACCGUCAUGGUAAGUUAACUUAUUAGUAACAGAUCAAUAACAAAGAUGUUUAAAACAUUAUUUGAUGUUACAUCCCUGUUAACAUAAUUUGCAAUGCCCGAGAAUGACUUUUUUGUUAGCCUAAAUGCUGUUCUAUUGGCGUAAAUAGGAUAUUUAUUUACAUUUUAAAGAGAGAUUCAUUUUUUAAAGUAUUUCUAAAUUAGUGUACAGAUGUCCUGAAGUUUGGAUCCAUCCGAUAUAGAUAAUGGAAUGCAGCGGUACUGCAUUCAAAAAAGUAAGGAUUUCUUUUUUCAUUGCAUUGACAGUGACCACACUUGUAAAAAUGUUGU